UCAUCUCCUGUGUCACUGACAGUGUUUCAGCAUAUUUGUAAAAUUCCUUACUUUCCCUGGUAUAGGUAUAUUGUUCAUAUUGUCAUCAUGUUUUUUUUUUUUUUUAAGUGGAGUAGGAAUGAUUUCUUCCCAACAUAAAAAUUGUUUGUCGUAGUAAUACAAUAAUAUUGUUUGACAAUAGUUGUCAUGUUGCAUUAUGUAAAUAGAUGUAGAUUACUAAUUUUGGCCUUCCCAGACCUAGAUUUUGGCCUUCAUGUAAAUUAAUCAUUUUUUACGGCUUCAUUUCUCAUGCAUUUUCCAUGUGGAAGGGGUAUUGUUUUUAUAUCAUGUUUGUCAUCUAAUGUUUCUUAUGUUUGUGACAAUGGAUCCAGUUGAGUUUGCAUUCAUUUUCAAUCACUUGUUAAAUCUUUAAAGGGAUAAUCCACAGUUGCUACAUCCAUCCAUUUUUUGACUUAUAAAUGAAUUAUAUAAACUAAUUUAUUCUUGAAGAAUAUAACUUUAAAUGCCUCAUGAGCUUAAUUCAACUGUCAUACCCAAUCAGAAGACAAAAUAUAAGCUUGUUUUACUCCAAUGUUUGUAAACAUUGUAAGUGGAAACAAAAACUGUACAGCCUCAAAAUAUGCUUAAAAAGUUGAUAUUUUGGAUGGUCAUUCCUUGCAUCAAUAGCGCUGUCUAUGAAUUUAUGAGUGGUUACAUGUCUCCAGGGCCAUCCCUCAGGUAUUACCAAAACAGAGGCUGGUGGCCACUUUGUUAUUGUUUCAACUAAUGGUUGCUCAUUUAAAGUACACAUUUUUUUCUCAUAUGCAUGAUAAUGUCCCAUAGGGGUCAAAAGAAUAUUAUUAAGUUAUGGGAGCAUUCCAGCAUUCAGAUAUUGGUCUCCUUUUUCUGUACGAUGCAUAAAUGCAUCAGAACACAGAUUUAGGUCUGCUUUAAUGCAGUUCUGUCAUUUCUCUUUACCAUUCUCAUUUGCUGAUAAGAAAUUAUAGCUACUUGUGACUGUGAACUAAAAGCUUGCAGCGGUAGGCUACAUCUGAUAAAUUGACUCUCCACUAGGUAUCAAAUUCUAUAAUCUAGAUGUUGCCGUUGCACCGUUAUCACAAUGAGUUAAACCACUGUCUAGUUUCCGUUAACAAUCUUUGAGAAAUGUGAAACAGAUUGAUUUGAUUGCACUGAAGAGUAUGUUAAAACACAUUUUAUAUGAAUAUCAGGAAUAUUAUAAUAAACUAUAGCUUAGUUCAUUAUAUUCAUGAUGCUUAAAUAUGACUUGUACACCAACACAUCACCUUUUUUUAAAUUACAAGUGUGUAAUGUGAAAUAGAAAAUCUUAGAGAUGUGUUCAUAAAAAAUAUUACGAUGGGUUAAUUUGAGCAAUUAGAUAGUAAUCAACUCUGUCACAGAGAGGCAUUGAAGAAGGCGUGGAGAAGUGAACAGCUUUCAUAUGAUGACAGGACCUGACUUCCUCUCAUCGUGUUGUUAUAGCAUUAUGAUGCUUGACUUCACUCAUUCAUUCUCUCUGAGAGAUGCCCUAUCCACAAGACCCAUGCACAAGCCCUACACUCAUGCUAAGAUGAAGCUUCUACUUGCACUUUGUGCAGUUUGGAACAUCAUCCAACUAUCAGUGUGCUGCUCUUCUGGAGAAAUGACAGAUCGACUCACCUGUGUAUCUGAUUAUUGGUUUACAAUUACCUGUACUUUGAGCAUCACUGAUGAGCCUGCAGGUGUCAACAAUACCCACUACUGGUUGAAUUUUAUCUGGUCUGGUGGAGUUGGGAUUACAUUCAAAUGUCCACUGGUGAAGAUGGGGGACAGUUAUGGUUGCACAUUUGUGGCCGAUUUUGAUAAGAAUGUAACGUACCACGGCUCUUCAUUUAAUGAAAUGGACUGUUUCAAUGUACAGCUUUGUUAUUACAUUGACUGCCAAUCAAACUUGAGAGGCUUUGAACCGUUCAAAAAUAUUCAACCAACAGCUCCAAGUCAUCUCGCUGUCCAGUGGACUUCAGAGGGUUACAAAUGCACUUGGCAAAGUGGAUAUGAACACCAUCCAUAUAUAACAGAGUUCCCUUACCAACUCUUCAUCAACAAAUACCAUGGCAAUAAGAGCGAGGGGUUUUGUGUGUCCCCUCAAAACAAAUCUAUUUUAAUUGAUGCAUCUAGACUUGAGCCAGGUACCACAUAUGUUCUGAAAGUGAGAUCCGGGCUAUAUGAGUCCUCUGGAUAUAAAGGACAGUGGAGUCCGUGGAGUGCAUUGGUGCAAUUGAGGACUGAUGCAAAGGAAGCAGAACCAACUAUAGUCCUUGUCCUCAGCAAGUUUGUAUUUCCAGUUUGUGUGAUUGCUGGAGUUCUGUUGUUUGUAUUUUACAACCCCACGACAAGAAUGAAGAUAAAAGCUUUCUAUGAUGUGCCAAGCCCAGCCCCUUUUUUCAAACCUCUCUACAAAGAUAACAAACAUUUCCAGGACUGGCUUGAGUCAGAGUGCAAUCUGAUACAAACAUACAAAACAGAAGAGCUCCUGACCAUCGAUACUUUGAUUAUUGAGGCCAAACCUAUAGUAGAGGACCAGGACAGUUCAGCUACAACACCAUAUCCCCUAGCACAAGUUCACACUCCCUAUGUUGGUCCCUCAGUGAUGGACUGGGUCUGCAGUAACAGUCCAAAUGGAAAUGGUCCAGGGGACAUUCCUUACACCCAGCUGCCCUGCUCUCCCCUAGAACUCCUGUUUGGAGGGAAGGGCACCUCUUUCUCUCAGGACCCUUCGGUCGCCUGUGAGGGGGACUCUGGAUGCGAGGACUUAACACUCAGCCCUGAGAGCAGCUUGCCUAAUAGUCCUGUAUCUAGUGAGCCAGAAUGCAUCUGUACUGAUUACUGUAUCCUACACGAAACCUCUAAAGGUUUUAUCCCCACUGGUGUGUCCAAAGAGGUCUCUACUCAUCCCUUGAAUAGUUAUUGCAUAGAGGGACCAGGUAAGGAGGAAACCUGUGCCACUGAGUGAAGUUACCAAAUGUUACAUCAUAUGCCAGUAUGACACAGAUGGCCUACUACUUGGGUUUUGAUAAUGUACUGAGCAAGGGUUGUCAUAGUCUUUACAAUUUCCUAAAUUACAUAAUGUUGACUUAUGAUAAUUAGCAGUUUCUUUUUUUAAAUUCUGAAGUAGAAUUGUGUAUACUAUACUGUAAUGAAAUGUGUUUUGUCCGUUUGAAAUAUUGUACAUUUUUUUAUUACUGUAUCAAUUGUGUGAUAGCUUAAAUAGCUACUUUGGACCAGUUCAUUUCAUAAUUUGUCUGCACUGAUGGCACUAGAGCCAUUGAUCCUUCAGUAUGUGAGUUAACCACCAGAGGAUGCUGCGACUCAACACUUAGAGGAGAAAUUGGCGAGGUGCAGUUUCUUGGAUGACAAUUUGAGCUCUAUGUAAUAUUUUGAAAGUAGUUUGAUAAUCCUGUAAUUACUAUGUCCUUUAAUUUGUCUUGUAUUACAUACUUGUUCGCUAUUGUAAAUGCAAUAAUACAUUGGUAUGGUUUA